CGGCGGGGGAGACGGGCCAGCGCUGGUACUGCCACUGUGGUGCGCGCUACUCGACCUCCUACGGCGUCUGCAUCGAGCUGAUAGAGGAAGAGCUGAACCCGCCACGUGCGUACUACACGCACGCGGAACACCCCGAGGAGGACAUCCGCAGGCCACCCGCAUUGCACCCGACGGCGUCGGCGCGGACGCUGGCGGCGCCGAGGGCGGCUCGCCGGCGGCGGACUACGUCAUCGACCGCACGUGGACGCGCAGCGGCCUGCACGCCAGGGCGCUUGAGCUGUCGCCGCCCCCCGCGCUGGAUUCGGACGGUCGAGUGGCGCGGCUGGUGCUGCCGCGGCGGCCGGCGGAUCUGUUGAUGCUCCGGGAGUUGAGCCUGGACCGCCUGCGGGUCACUUGGUGGCCGCACCGCGGACCGCGGCACGGCAUCAACGUGGCCGUGUUCACCAGCGCCGUCUCGCUGUGGCGCCACGAUCCGUCGCCGCGCCUCCCUGCGCUCCGGCGGGCGAGGCCGCAUCACCUGGACCAGUGGCUGCUGCUGCUGAGCGCCGUCAUCGACCUCCCCGCUAACGUGUCCAUCCCCUCGUGCGCGGCGCGCUGGCGAUGGGUGGACUUCAACGGAACACAGCCCGCGUUCGCCAACGUGGUGCGGCUCCCCUUGCGCGUUGUCGAGGCAGACCAGCCACGACUGGGGGGGGUCGCGGCCCUUCGUCCUCUGGGGUGGAUCCAUCUGCUUCGGCACCCCUGUCGAGAGAUCGUCGAUGCGAUGGGUUCACCCAGCGGGGUAAGAAACCCCAGUCGUGGCUGCACGGCGAGGUCGUCUGCAGGCGCCGCCCCCCCACCCUGCUGGAGCUGGCCCUGCCUCCGCGCCAACGAGAAGGCGGGCGGAAGGAGCUGCUGACCAGGUGCCUAUGGGUUGCGGCCGCUGGGACGCUCCUGCUCGCGUGCGCCUUGCAGGUGCUGCUGCUGAUGCUGGGCCUCAUGAUGUUCGUGCGGCAGGUGCGGGCGGCGGGCGCGCGGGGCUGACGGCGCGGGGAGGACCGCUGCGCCUCCGCGCCACCCCCUCGAGCCGCUGGAGGGCGCCCCCCCCCUCCUGGCAGGACGCAGGGGCUCCCGCUCUGACGCACGCGCGCGCGCGCGCCGCUCGGGCACGGAGCGCGGCGCGCGCCACAGAAGCGUGCGCGUGCGGCGCGGCACCGGCGGCUGGCGCGUGGGGGCGGCCGGCCCAGGAGCCUCGGAGAGCGGACCCGGGGAGGCGCGCGCCGCGGGGAG